AUGCCAGAACAAAUGCAAGAAUCAUUUUCUUUUCCUCAUCCACCUCAACCACAGCCAUUAAAAUUAUCAUCCGACAUUGACGGCAUUAAUGAUAUUAAUACAACAAUCACUGCCAAUACUAUUACUACCGAUGAUAAUACCGAUAAUGUUCUUAAUAAACUUGUUUCUCCUCCAACAAGUCCAAAAGAAAAAACAAAUUUUCUUUUGCGCAGAUCAACCAACAAUAGGACUAAAAGAUAUUCUUUACAAAAAGAUCCUUGUGAAUCAGGAGUUAAUAACAAUAAUGAUAAGCGUUUAAAUCCUACCAGAACUAAUACUGAAUCAAUAACUAUUUAUGAUACUCAACCAACUACUUAUGUUCAACCGUUAAAUUUUACUACAAUUCUACCACAAUCAAACAACUCUAUUAUUAAUGAACAGCCACCACCAUUAAAUAAUGCUAUUAUUAAUGCUCAACCGUUAAACUCUACUACUAAUAUUAAUGAACAACCGCCACCUAGCAAUGUAAUUGUUAAUGAACAACCGCCACCUAGCAAUGUAAUUGUUAAUGAACAACCACCACCUAGCAAUGUAAUUGUUAAUGAACAACCGCCACCUAGCAAUGUAAUUGUUAAUGAGCAACCGCCACCUAGCAAUGUAAUUGUUGAUGAGCAACCGCCACCUAGCAAUGUAAUUGUUGAUGAGCAACCGCCAUCUAGCAAUGUAAUUGUUAAUGAGCAACCGCCACCUAGCAAUGUAAUUGUUAACGAGCAACCGCCAUCAAUUAAUGCUAUCAUUAAUCAAAAGCAAUCACCAAUUAUUAAUGAACAAUUACCGCCAUCAAACAUUGUUAUUAUUAAUGAUCAAAAGUCAAAUAUUAUUACUACUAUUAAUGAACAACCACCGUCAAAUAAUGCAACUAUUAAUGAACAGUCACCAAUAAUUGAUGCGAUUAGUAACGAACAACCACCAAUAAUUAAUGCGAUUAUUAAUGAACAACCACCAACUAAUGAUGUUCUUAGUUCCCAACCACCACCAAAUAAUGUUAUGAUUAGUUCUGAUACUACUACAAUUAAUACAGAUCAAAUCAACACAAGUAAUCAAAUUACCGUUGAAUCCAGCUGUAGUGACAGUAAUUCAAUUGAACCCAAUAAUCAUAACCUUUAUCACACUAAUAAUAAUAUUCAUAAUAAUGGUAUCUAUAACUUCAAUAAUAAUAACAUUAAUAGCAAUAAUUUGUAUUUAGUAAAUGAUGGAGAUUCAUCUUUAUUUACAAAAACUGAUGACAGUUCAUCAACAGAAUCCACAUCGCCACCUCGCAACAAUAAUGAUCAUCAGUAUGAAAAAAUUAAAUCAAAUGAACCUGAAAAACCAGAUAAUUUGUUUUUAUGUACAAUUUCAAACCAAUCACACAUAGUAAACAUUAAAGCAGAACUUUAUCAAUACAAUAGAACAAUUAAAUGGAGUAAUCCACCGGAUAAUGUCUGCAUAUUGCCAACAAAAGAUGACGUGUUAGUUGUAGCAUUUGAGAAAAAUUUGAUAGAAAUUGCUACGUUGAAACAUGGAGAAAUAAUUAAAAGAGAGGCUAAAGGUGUACCUGUUCGGUUUCUUGGUGAAUCGAUGAUAAAAUCUGUUGAAACAAGGAAAUGCCAUUAUAAUAUUAAUAAUGAAACUUGUGGGGACUCUAAUAGAUUAGAAAUUGAUAGUGGUAUUAGAAGAGUUUUAUUUUGGACUUGUCAAUUAAAUAACGAGAAUUAUAUUUAUCGUGGAAAAGUUGAAUUAUAA